CGGCAGCCCGGAGGAUUCGACGGUCGGUCCAUCCGAAACCGCUCUACCAUAGUAAAUACCUCCCUAAUUAUUCUUAGGAGGGCCUAUCCAUCUAAGCGCCCAAUGUUCGCUACAUGCAUAUGUCUUCGUGAGCGCGUGACUCCAAGACGGCGUCCUUGCCACAAUUGCAACUCGACGACAAAACGGGGCAUUUUCUUCGAUUUUAAACGAACCGCGGGCAUGCAUAUCCUUGACACGUCCAAUCCGACGUCCUCCUCCUGUUCCUCCGUACCUACCUAGCUUUGACACACCACCCGUCUGGAGAGCUACGCCGCCCAUGUUCAUCGAAGUCGCUCUUGUGGUCGUAGCAGCGGCCACAUUUCUUAAACUGGUCGUGAAGCCCCAACCCGAGAUCAUGGUUGAGACCAUGGACCCUCCAAUAUUAACACCGUACUUUGACCCGCCCCUAGAGAGGGUGUCAUAUGGCACCUGGCCUGGCGCCUUGGUGCUCGGCUGGCCAGCCAAGGGCGGGUUGUACGUGCUCAACGCGGUUUCUGCCGUCGAGCUCGAGUUUCUUGGCUACGAUCGGUUCAAACCAGUGUUGCGCCCCGAUCCGGCGGAUCCCGACACCGCCGCAGACGAAGAGGCGCACUGCAAUAAAAUGCGUUAUUUGGGUGCCGACUGGUGGGAGAGCGAGCACGCAUGGUCCGAGUAUAAGAGGGAACUCCCCCCCGGGCGCCUCGGCGAGAUCAUCUUCGCCACCGGCUGGCCGGCUGAGGGUGGUGUAUGGAUCCUCAUCGAUGAUGAGGAAAUCGGGGGAAAAAAGCACGCCGGCAUGCUGUUCAAUGCAUACACUAUGGAGGAGCGAUGCAACAUCAUCAAGCAGCUGGGCGGCACCUUCUACGCCAACCCGAAGGAUUGCCCAUCCCUAGACUUGCCGUAGGCGUGAAGGAGACGGGCCAUGUCUGCCAACAUGUCGAGGUGCCUGUUGACUUUGCUCUGAAGUCUGUGUUUGCCGUUGGCGGUCUGAUUGGUGCUCCGUGUGCGGAAGACUAGAGUCGAGUGGGAAACGCAGUUAGCAAACGUUGAUGAAAACGUUGUCCAACAA